AUGCGAAUAGCUGUUCUGAGAGGUCUUAUUCCACUUGCUCUUCAACUUAAGAAUACCGACGCGCCAGUCCGUGCUGACCUUGUUGAAGGCUACGCUACAGCUGAGACGCCGGCCAUGAAGUUUGCGAAGGAGCUUGAGAGAGAUGCUGUACCAGAAUGGCGCAUCAACUACCUCAACUACAAGGCUGGCAAGAAAUAUAUCAAGGCCGUCUCAAGAGCAAUUAAUAGGACACCGAAAUUUUCUUAUCGAACAUCUUCCUACUUUCGGUUAAGCAAUUAUAAUCGAGCCUUAAUUCUGCCCACCUUAACUUCGGGUCUGGCCCCUAGGCGGACUCCAAAGCGAAGCAAUAGGGGGCCUAUUCCUCAAUCCACUCCAAUCUCAUUUGCAGGUUAUGCGAACGAAGAUAAAGCGUUAGCUGGCGACGGUAACAACAUGCGGCAUAGAAGCUUUAUGCCGACGCCGCCAACACACAGCCCUUUAAAGGAAAACGAGAGCAAGGUCCAUGACUUUGCGCUGCCAGCACCUGCUAUCAAGGCGCCUGAGCUCUCAGAGUUAGGGAAACCGAUUGAGGCGAUAACGGCUCAUAGCAAAUUGCCGCUGCAGCUGGGGGACUCUAUAGCGGCAGAGCCUGUAACGAUGAGGUUCAAGAGUCUAAGGUCACCUUCGAUUGCACGGCAAUCGACAGUUGGAGGUGUGACAGAGUCGCCGUCACAAUUGCGACGGAUACUUUCACACGUACCUGCGCCUUUGGAUUUAUCGAAAGAUGGUGCAUUGAUCGACUUUGACUUGGUUCGAGAGAGGGAACAGGAGUUUUAUGAAUUUAUGGACUCCGAGUUGGAAAAAGUUGAAUCCUUUUACAAGUUUAAGGAGGAUCAAGCUGGGCAGCAACUCUCUGUGCUACGGCAACAACUUCACGAAAUGCGAAACCGACGAAUCCAUGAGAUAGCUACGAAUCCUGAUAAUAAUGCCGAAACCUCCAAGGAUAACCUUAAUGGGUGGGUUCAACCGAUAAAGGCCAAGAUGUUUCCGUUAGGACCCAAUUCCAAGGCGCUUCUAAACAUGCCGACUACCCCGUAUCUUCCACCGAGUGCAUCGGUUGGUGAUGCGGCCGGAGACUAUAGCCGCCAGCGACAAAAAGACGAUAUAGUAUAUCGAAUAGCUAAGCGCAAACUAAAGUUAGCUUUGCAAGAGUUCUAUCGAGGGCUAGAAUUACUCAAGUCUUACGCACUUCUCAAUCAAACUGCGUUUCGCAAACUAAAUAAAAAGUUUGAUAAGGCUAGCAAUACCCAACCGACUUUGCAAUAUAUGAACGAAAAGGUCUAUAAGGCUUGGUUCGUAAAUAGCGAUACUCUUAACGGGCACAUUAAGGCGGUUAAAGACUUAUACGCACGAUACUUCGAACGUGGCAACUACAAACUUGCAGCUAGCAAGCUACAAAGUCUUUCGAAGCACUCAACAAGCGAAUCUAAGAGUUCGUUUCUCAACGGCUUUCUUAUUGGCACUGGACUCAUUUUCAGCGCUAAGGGCCUUACUUCCGGUUCACAGUUGCUAUUUAACGCUAACCCUAUUAUUCGCACCGGUUAUGGUUUGUCUAUACUCACUGGCGCCUUUUGCUAG